UUGGGCUUUCUUCUUUCCGGUUUGCGUUCUCGCAAAGGUGCGUGGUGUUGAUAAUCUUUUGGCGAUUUAAGUUUUAUUUAGUGAACAAUAUAUGAAAAGAUGCCGUCUGUAACGCUGAAAGACGUUGAUCAGCAAAAAUUUGUGAAGGCUUUCGCAGCCUUUCUCAAAAAAACUGGCAAGAUGAGGGUACCAGAAUGGGUGGAUAUUGUGAAAACAGCAAAGUUCAAGGAAUUGGCUCCUUACGAUCCUGACUGGUACUAUAUCAGAUGUGCGGCCCUAGUGCGUCACAUCUACAUUCGUAGCCCAAUUGGAGUCGGUGCAGUUACUAAAAUCUUUGGUGGACGCAAACGCAACGGCACUCAUCCCAGCCACUUCUGUCGAUCAGCAGGUGGUGUGGCACGCAAGGCGCUCCAAAGUUUGGAGCAGCUGAAGUUGAUUGAGAAGGCACCUCUCGGUGGACGCAAAUUGACUAGCCAAGGACGUAGGGACUUGGAUCGAAUCGCUGCUCAAGUUAAAGCUAAGAGCAAAAAGCAACUUAAGCUUCAGGAAGUUGUAUUGUAA